UAUUCCCGGUGACGUAGAGACCGUUCUGCUUUCUGAUUGGUCCAACGGAAAAAUACGGAAGCGAUGUGAAGUGUUGCGCUGUGCAGCACGCGGGCGGUGAGGAUGGUGCGAUUAAAAGCCAGGUACUUGCUGUGUGAGGUGUGUGUUUCCGACUCCAGCAGGUUGCGCUUGUUGGAGGAAAGGUCUAUUUACCAGGCGGUGAAGGCGGCGGUGAUUAAAGCACAUGGAGAAUACGGAGCUGCUCUCUUCAACAUCGGAUCCACAGUGACGUAUGUGAACGCGUACACCGGAGUGGUGAUCCUGAGAUUCCGGAAAGCUCACUAUCAGCUCCUCUGGUCUGCUCUACCCUUCAUCACCAGCAUAUGGAACCAGGGCCAGAAAGUGCAGUGUUUCUUCAACUGUAUCCACGUUGGAGGCACCAUCAGAACAUGUCAGAAGUUCCUCGUGCGAUACGGCAGACAGCAGCUGUGCCGAAUGCUGCCACACUGUAAGACUGAGGCUGAAAAACAGGAAGUGAGGAGAGCGGUGUUGAGCUGCUCGCUCAGAAAACUCGGCGUAGAUGAUGGCGACAAGGAUGAAGACAGUGAAGAGGAGGAAACCUAACAAUAAAUCACGCCACACACACACACACACACACACACACACACAUUAUGUGGCACGUUAUCUGUAUUAUAAGUGAGAGUAAGGAUGCCAAAACUUUUUACCUUUACCUUUUUUUACCGACUUGAUGCAUCCCUAACUUUUUUUUUUUUUUUACACACACUGUUACACACUGCAUUUGAUGUAAAAUUACAACUAAUAAU